AAAUUAGGUUACCAUUAUUGCUUUGAAAGGUAAUAUGAAAAAAAUAGAUCUAUAAAUUUUUUAUAAUAACUUUAAAUAUAAACUUUAAACCUGUUGAUAUUAAACUGAAGAAAAAGACUUUAUUUCGACAUAAACUUUAAUCAUAAUUAAAUAUUAAAGUUGUUACUUUUAUACAUAUCUUCAUAAAAUGUCUGCUGAUCAAUUAGCUGCACAAGCAGCCGAGCAGUUGAGAAUUCAUGAAAUCGCUGGUCGUCGAUUAGAUGCUGCUAAACAUCAACAAGAUGCUGCACUACAAGAAAAACUUGCAUUGCGCUUAAAAAAAAAAGAGCAAAACGCUCAAAUUUUAAAAGAAGAUCUAGAAAAAUCAGAACUACUAGCUUCAGGAAAAAGAGAACCACCUACUGGAGUUGUUACAUUUUGCUUUAUGUGCAUUAAGAAUUUAGCAGAUAUUCUUGACCAAAUGGAAGAGGAAACUGCUCUUAAAUUUCUUGAGGUAUUUCAUGACAUAAUAAUAAAUGAAACCAAGUUUUACAAUAUAUAUGUGGCAAAAGAAGAGAUUGGAAAGUAUCUUUUAGCUUCAGAAAAAACUGAAAAUAUUAUUAAUUUCUCACUAAAAAUUCACACAAAUCUAAACAAUAACAAAUGGGAUCCAAACAUUUUAAAACUUGCUUCUUGUAAAAAGCUUUUUCGACCAGAAGACAAUAAAGAAGAUGCUUUGCCAUUGUUCUGCGGACCGCGUAUACAAAUAGGUAUACAUAGAGGAGAAGCUACAUUUAAAAAAGAUGGAUCCUACUCUGGUCUUGCUGUUUUAAAAGUUGACUCAGUUGGAAAUUUUGCUCAAGGUGGUCAGACACUUCUUACUUCAGUUACUUGGGAGCAAGUUGACUCAUCAAAACUGGACCAGUAUCAUAAAACAGAACCUGGUACUUUCAAACUUGAUGGUUUUAGUUCUGGUUGUAAAGUAGUUGAGAUACUUCCUGUCAAUCUCAAAGAUCGCUCUAAAUUUUUUGGUUCAGUUUGUGCCCAUUGUAAUGGAGUCAUAAAACCUAAUGAACAGUUCUUUAGGGCUUUAAAUUGUGUUUGGCAUAUGAAUCACUUUCGCUGUUUUGAAUGCAAAAUUGAUCUCGGAGGCUCUUAUAUUGAAAUUGAAGGAUCGCCAUUUUGCAAGAAUUGCUAUUUACUGAAGAAUGCUCCUAAGUGUAAAAGCUGUUCGAAUCCCAUCACUUCAGGUUAUAUUAAUGCUCUUGACGGUUAUUGGCAUCCUGAUUGUUUCUGUUGCAAGCGUUGCAUGAAAAAGCCAUCGGCAGAUGUACAAAUAUAUGAGUACAAUGGUUUCCCAUACUGUGGUGGUUGCUAUGAAUUAGUUGUGGAGUAAAAUUAAAUGGUUAUCAAAUUUAAUUAAUUUAGGUUGAAAUUUAUAAAAUUCUUUUUUGAAUAUUUUAGAAUUAUAUUUUGAUAAAAUUUUUAAAUUGUAUUUAUAAAUAUUGCACAGAUUUGUAUUGUAUUAUGCAUACCAAACGGGGGAAAAAUUUUAUAUAUUAAUAUUAAGUAGUUUUAUGACUUUUUUAAAUAAUAUUUAAUUGAGUUUUUUUUAUUUAUUCAUUCUAUCAUGUAUGUAAUAUAUUUACAAUUUUAUAUAUUAUGUAAUUUAUAUGCUGUAUGUAAAGUUCUAUUACCUGUAUUUUUUAAUGGUCGUGAAUUUAAAUAAAUCUCUACACCUGCAAUAA